AUGAUUUCCAAAUUCAAAUUUGGCUUUGUAGAUGGUACGAUUGAGGAGCCAUCGACAAACACAAAUAAGAAAAAGCUUUGGCUAGCUGUGAAUUCCAUGGUGGUCUCGUGUAUUACUAAUACCGUUGAGGAGAGUUUGAGGUCCACUAUCGAAAACUUUGAUAUAGCACAUGAGUUGUGGACUCACUUGAAGAAGCGAUAUUGCGUUGUGAGUGGUACUCGGGUCUGUCAACUCAAACCGGUUUUGAGUGACUGCAAGCAAGGCGUGUCCGAAACCGUCACGGAGUAUGCUGCAAGGCUGUUGAAGGUUUGGAAGGAGGUAGUGCAAUAUUCUCGAGUGCCGCGGUGUACUUGUGGCGGAUGUAAGUGUAAUCUUGCCAAGCAAGUAACUGAUAUUCGUGAAGAUUACCUCCAUUAUUUUUUAAUUUUUGAUGAUCCUUAUGAGGCCAUGCGUGCUCAAUUGUUGGCGCAAAUUCCUUUACCUUAUGUUGAUGAGGCUUAA